CUGAUUAUUUUUCUGAUGAGGGUAAUCUUUCAAACUUCACUUUAUUUCAAGAAGGGAACAAAGAAGCCAGCUUACUUUAACAAACGUUUUAACACUUAGUUCCCAUCAAAUUUAAUUAAAAAUGUGCCUCAAAAUCGUAUAUUUUAUACUUUUCAUCACCUGUGUAUCAUCGCGACACAUGCCACGCUUCGCUGAUCUGGACGAAGAUGACCAGCACCUCCUGCGCGCAGCCUACGACACUCCCAGCUACGAUCACGCCGACUACCAGGAGGACGAUGACAUGUCCCUGGGCAAGCUGGACUUGCUCAAGGACGGACUGUGGGCCCUCAAAGCGAAAAUCAAUGAAAUCAAAGCGUUUAACAAAGCUUUAGCGGCAAACUUCCUGUCGACCAAACUUAAAGUGAAGGAGCUGAUGGCUAGCAGUAUGGCGCUGAAGAAACAUCAUCACGUGGAAGUCGAGAAGAAGAAACCAGCUUAUAGUUAUCAGGCGCCGUCGUACCAGCCGCAGUAUGGGCCCCAGUACGCCGAGCCGCAAUACGCUCCUCAACACGUAGAAACCCAGUAUGCCCCGCAGCAUCAGCACGACCCUUACUAUGGACAAUAAUCAUCUUCAUAGCCUACUUAUUUAUUAACAUAAUUUAUUAUAUUAACCAUCUCUCUCCAUUCUUAACCAAAGAAUAAAGAGUUGAUUAUAAUCUUACAUUUUCUACAAUAUUUGCAUUUAUCUAUAAUCAUUGCUAUGUUGGUA